AUGAGCUCCAGGAUGUCACAGAAACUUCGUGGCCACUCACUUGCGCCCAAACGGCAGAAGCCCUUGGUGAAUCCCGAAUUACUUCUGGCCUCACCGACGGACUCGACACGAGGUGGGAGUAAACAGUUUGUUCGUGCUUUUAAUGAUGACGGAUGUCUUUCCACUCGUGAAGUGGGCGUGCGGUGGUUUAACUUUGCGUUGCUAUCCAUCUUCUACACACUUCGUUCGCAACCGUGGUCAUUACUAAUCACGUACACAAUUCUAUUGUACGUUGGAAUACUAUUCGUGUUCUCUGCAGCGUAUGUUGUGUGGGCCCGUGGGUGUGGUGCCCAAGACGGCUCAACGUGGGUGUCCGCUCUGUAUUUCACCGUUGUUAGCUUUGCGGCUAACGGUGGUUAUGUUGGUGAGCAGCAAGACACCAUGCUCGAUCCGCAUCACGUGUGCUUUACCGGACGUACGCUCAUUGUAACACUGCUUUCUUUUGGGAACAUCAUAUUCGUCGGACUUGUUGCCGCACUCGUCGUUGGAAAGGCGGCGUAUGGCGAGGAGUUAGGUCACCGCAUAGUCUUCAGUGACUUUUGCUCGCUGGCAAUGGCCCCGGGUACAAAAGAUCGAGACUGCUGGGACCUCACUUUUCGCAUGGCUAACAGCAGUUCAAGCAAGGCACUCGCACAUGGUCAGCUGCGGCUCUUCAUUGUAACAUCAGAGCCAACAGACAACUCAAGGCAUCAACGCAAGAGGCGUAAGAGUUCAGUGGAUAGAACGGAGACACGACGGCACGCCACUAGUAGUCAUCAUCACAUUGAUGACAAGAGUAAGCGAUCGGGCCAGUUAUCGAAACAUUUGGAACACCAUAUAAGCGACGGUACCGUUCAGACAGAAACCCAUCCGCAUAGACGCGAGGGAGAACUUGAUGAUGUAACGAGGAUGGAUCGCGAAUCGAGGGAGUGGGCGGACGCCGAGUCGCAUAUUGUAGAGGUGUUGGCAGAGGAACACCUGAAACGGAAACGAGGUCGUGAACACACCUCUAAACGCCAAGUACUGUCGUCGCCUGCCACGAGUUCAUGUAGCAGUGAUGCGGAUGGCGGGGCCAGUUUUGGCGGGGCUACGGGGUCGGGGUGUUCAUACGUUCCCAUCAACUCACCUGAGAGUGCCCUGAAGCAAGUGUCCAUUCAAGUUGAGGAAUUAAGAUGGACAUGUUCUGGGGAGAAGCACCUCGAUGGGCGGGACGGUAGACUACUGUUAUGGUUCCCAGUGGACAUCACGCACACGAUUAACCGUUACAGCCCGCUCUACCGCUAUGUAAAGCAUAAUAUGACUAAUAGUCUUUGCACGCUGAAUUCUCUGCAGGUGGCAUCUCCCGCGAUCCCGCAGGAAGCGAUAUCCGAGGAAGAGGGGGGACCAGCCGCUACCGCAGCGUUUCCCUGCUCAUUUCAGCUUGUGGUAAUUUUUGACGCAACUGAAAUGGAAAGCGGUAGACACAUUUCUGCUCGGCACACAUAUGCCGCGGACGACAUAAUAAAGCACUACAGGUUUUCCAAUAAGGUGGUGCGCAUGUCCCCGGAAAAGAGGGAGGUACUUGUUGACUAUCACUAUUUUAAUGAAAUGCUCUCAGAUGUCGUGUCGCCUUUGCACCGUACGGAGCGUGUUCGCACACGUUAG